AAAGUGUAGAUCACGAGUGCUGGGCCUUCAUCAUGCCAUGCUUCAUCAUCCUGGUCUUCCUCCUGAUACGGUGCUUCGGGGUCACGAGCAGCAGCUGUCAGAGCGACAGGAACCAGGAUCAUCGACCGCGUGUCAGCUGUGUGAGUCAGGGACUGACCGCUGUUCCCCACGGCAUCCGCACAGACACACAGGUCCUGGUUCUCACUGGAAACCAGUUCACUUCUCUGUCCUGGUCCAUGUAUUCUGGAUUCACAGAGCUGCAUGAGCUGGACCUGAGCCACAAUCACAUCAGCACACUGGAGCCGUCUGGUCCAGUGCUGGAGAAGCUGAGCGUCUUGCGUUUGUCUGGUAACAUGUUAUCUGGUUUGGAAGGACUGGUGUUCCGCUGCACUCCCAGUCUGAUGGAGAUCUACUUAGACAGGAACCAGAUUCGUUCCCUUCAGAACGACACCUUCAGUGACCUGCCGCGUCUGGCGAUCAUUAAUCUGUCUCAGAACAAGCUUCCUGUGCUUCCUCCACGUCUCCUGGAGCACGUGUCCUCCAGCGGCCUGAAGACCUUCGACCUGGAGAAUAACAGCGUCUCGCUGAUGCCCGAUCGAUUCUUCUCGUCCAAACCUGAGCUUCCUUACGUUUACCUGACCCACAAUCCCUGGCUCUGCAGCUGUGCUCUCGGUUACCUCCACAACUUCCUGAAUGACCAGGAACACAACAUCUACAUGCACGACGGACCGAACGACAUCAUUCCUGCCGCCGACUCCGUGGUGUGUUCUGGACCUCCUCACCUGCUCAAACGACCCAUCAUUGAGCUGGAGGAGAGCGACUUCUGUCCACCAGAUCCCCCUCAUCCCAGCGGGGACCAAUAUACCAAACCCUUUUGUAUUCUUUCAGAUCUUGAACCCCCCCCUCGUGUUCUUCCGACAAACUAAGUAAAACCAAUUUCCCCAACUCAGAUGCUGACUGCUCUACAGGACACUGCCACAGACGCCCACCUGCUCGAUUCCACCAAAUCAUGGACCUCCGUUGAAAGGUAUUGGGUCAAUGAGACCUGGACCAACAUCUGGUAUAAAU